AUGGUGAAGGGUGUAGUCAAAGUUAGUUCAGAGUUGGUAAAAUUUCUCAUUACAGAACAAUUUUCUGAAACCGCGUCUUCUAUAACUUCAUUCAAAGUUGAUUCCGAUGUUGUUUCGCUCCACGGCGACACUUCUAGUGGUGAGAAGGAGUUUAUUGGGGUGCAGGGGUGUAGUUUGUUGCAGGGGUGUAGUAUGUUCUCAGGUUUUCUAGUUGAGGAGAUAGAUGUUAGCAAAGCCAAAUUGCGGCAGGUUGUUAGUGCUUUGGCAAAGUACUGCAGUCCUUAUGAGUUAACGAACCGCCUAGUUGCACUUACAAAAAAUGUCAAACCUGGAAAACUACGGAAUGCUACGUCUCAAGGACUGUCCACAGGAGACACUGAUCCUGCCAAAGCGAAAGCCUCAAAACCUACGGGCAAAGAGGUAGCUGAGAAAGAGAAUGAACUUAGUGUCAGUUUGCUUAAUAUUCAUGUUGGAUUAAUUCGUAAAGCAUGGAACCAUCCAACAGCUGAUAGUUUUCUAGUUGAGGAGAUAGAUGUUAGCAAAGCCAAAUUACGGCAGGUUGUUAGUGCUUUGGCAAAGUACAGCAGUCCUGAUGAGUUAACGUUAAUGUAG